AAAACAUAAAACAGGUUCUAAUAUUAGUUAAGAGAUAUAAUGAUAUACUCAUUAAAAAUAUGUGUUUUUACAUAAAAACCAUUUUGUAUAAAAAAUAUUAUUUUAGUAUUACAAUGGACUAAAAUUUUAAGUUUAAAAAAUUGUAUAAAAUACAAAAAGAAAGUUUUUCAAAUAUGUCCUUAGAAGAAUCUAUUAAGGAAACAUGUUCAAAUUUAACAAGUAUUCGAGCAACAGAAAGAAAAAAGAGUGCAGAAAAGUUAAAAGAUUUUCUAACAAGAAAUGCUGUACCUUCGUUACUCACUACUAACACUUUGAAGAAAUCGGGCUUUACAUGGAACCAUGUUUUUGCUGAAAUUAAUGAUUAUAUUAUGAAGGAAACUGAAAAAUUUGAAAGUGCAAAAAAUUUUCAAACCGUAACUGCACCGCUUUGCACAAGUUUAUUGCAUUUGUGUGUGUCAGGUGCUAACAAAGGUCAUGCAUAUAUUAAAUGUGAAAAAAUUACUGAAGCUUGUUUAAACAUACUAAAUGAUAGCCGCUUGACGAGAGCAAUUGGGGAUGCCUAUUUAAACUUACUAUACAAAUAUAUAUUUCCAAAUGAUUAUUACCCAGGAUUUAUUUCACCGGCAGCUUGGGAAAGUUUGCUAGAGGUUUGUUUAACGGCAUGUAAUACAAAUAAUUCACAAUUAGAUAAUUUAAUUAAGAUAAGAUUAUUGUGGUUUGUCAUGAAAACUGCGACCAGCUGUUGUCAGUUUGCUAAUACACUGCGAGACGCUUUGUCCAAACUGAAGAAAUGUUGCCUUACAAUGUUAAAUGAUAAGAAAGUUCAAGAGUUUGUAUUGGAAAUUGUUAUAUUGUUACUAGAUAAGUUAGCUUUAGAAAGUCGUAUAACGAUGUGUGAAUUCAGUGAAAUGAUUUUACCAAAGAUAUUUAAAUGUUACGAACAUAGUAUGGAACAGAAAAAGAAGUCUCUAUUCUUCAAAAUGUUACAAACGACAAUAGUUAUUCAUCAUCCGUUAGGAAAAACGCAACAUGUGAAUGGUUCACUGGCAUACAACUGGAGUGUAUGGAACAAACAUUUGUACAGUAUCAUGGAGAUUAUAUGCCUCGAAGUAAAUUACAUUCAGAAGACACGGAAGAAUAAUGAUAAUGUAUUUAUACAUUGUGAUUAUUUUUAUUAUACAGCAGCAUCGGUUUUCUAUCAGAUAUUUAACAUAGCUGAGGAGGAUAAAGACGAGGGAGCUGAAAAUUCUGCUAAAAAACUAAAAUUAUCAUUCAACAAGAAUAAAUCGUUUGCCGAUCUGGUGGAAGAGCUGCGGCUGAACAGUUCUCCAUGGAUUGGAAUUAUAUUGAUGUAUGUCAAGAAAUUCGAUUAUGCAAUUUCGAGCGAAGAGUAUUUGCUGCUGCUGAGGACUCUAGAGAGUAUAGUCUCAGCCAAUAGAGAUGUGAAUUGGGAGUGUUUUGAGAAUCUUACCUGUUUAGUAAUUAAGAAUUUAAUAUCAAGUCCGGAAAACGAACAUCAAGAUAAUCAUGAAGUGUACCUAACCUUGUGGAAUACUUGCAUCAGAAAUGCCACGGUAGCGAAUGCAGCACAUACGGUUAUGCACACAAUUAUCCAAGUAAUUUUAAGCUCAGUGCCAUUGAAACAUCAACAUAUCCAGCCCUUACUGAUGUUAUACCUCGAGAAGGGGAUGCCGGUGAAUGAUUGUAGCUUGAAGACAUUAAAUAUUUGUUUUCAUAAAUUUUAUAGAAAAUGUUGUAACCUAGAUGUAAGAAAAAGAUGUUUUACGUGGCUCACUUAUGAAGAUAUGGCUACUCUUGACAGUAGGAUACUUAAAGAAUUUUUAAUAAGGCUCAUUUGCAAUGAAAAUUUACCGAUUAAACAGAAUCGUGAUAAUGAAACACAGUUUGAUGUGUACGAUUGCAUAUUCUCGAAUAUAGAAAAAGGUAUAUUAUAUAGUGAAUUUGAAUACGACAUCGUAAGAUCUCCUGUAGUUACUGCCUCAGAAACAGAGGAGAUUUUUGAAAUAAACCACGAAAUCUAUAAUAUGAUACUUGUUUACUUAGAACAAGCUAUGUCAAAGAGUCUUCAAAAACUUAUAAAUGGUGACGUAAAAUGUAUCGAGUUUGUGAAACACGUGAAUCUGAUGAUCGCUUUCAUCGACUCGUUAUUAGUUCGCAAUUUGAAGACAAGCAGCGAAAUCCAAGACAUGUCACUGUAUUCAAUAUUAAAAAAUGCCUUGAUACAUAUGUAUGGAGCUUUGACACAAACGCUGAAAUCUGAAGUACAAAUUCGAGACAAAAUCAUGCUUUUAAAAUAUGUGCAAGAUAUUUUGCAAAAAAAUUAUAAUACUGUACUAAAUAAGGAAAUUCGUAAACAUAUCGAGGAAGAGUGUUUUCACGCAAUUAAUGAUAUCGUAAAGAAAGAUGUUACCUGUGAAGAUAGCGAUUCGUAUUACGAGAGUGACGUAGAAUAUUCCGUGAUAGGUUUGAAACAAAACUGUGUAUACUUACUCGCGACAUAUUGUAGAAAGCAGAGUAUCUACACAGAUGACAUAACCAAGCUCAUUCUUGAUCGGGACUUGUAUAAUUUCACGUCAAACUUUGAAGUAGAUUGUGCGCUCCGAUGUAUCCAUAUACUUAAUGACAUCACAGUUGAACGUCCGCCUUUAGAGUUAAUAUUUAAUUUGAUGCAGGAUAUGUGUAAAGACUUAUUUAGAAAGCCUAAAGCGACACGCGGCUUGCUUCAAGCUCUUGAUCGAAUGCUCGAACAGAUUUGGUCUCAAAACGACGAUAUGAUGCGACAGAAUUGUCUUAUUAUGAUAAAAGGAUAUCUUCACAGAUGUAUGAAAAUGCCCCCCGACGUGGCUGCUAUAGUGUACAAAUGUGUGGCGAAAAUACUCAAUUUUAAUAAGAAUAUCAAUAUCGAUGUGCACAGCUCUUUUAAACAGGCUUUAAAUGAAAAAAUCAUUGAAAACAAUCACUGUAUUCGGUUGUAUUGCUGCCAUCUCUUAACGCUUACGUCUGAAAACAUUCAUGACCGAGAUAUACAAAGCUUGGCAGACAGUCUAAUGGAUAUAUUCGUAAUAAAUGUAUCAGACAAUAACGAUUCUGUCUUGAAAGACGAAACAAUGAACAGAACGAUAACAGUUCUACAAUGUUUCUACGUUCUGGCGACGACAAGCAGAUCAUACGUACACGAUAUUAUAAUUAAAGUGCUGUUAUUUCAAAAUGAAAAAGUAAUGGACAAAAGUAUCGUGAAGAAAAUGUUAAAUUUGCUGACUCGAAACGUUACAUCCAGUGACAUUGAUGUGUACAUGAAUACAAACAUCUUGCGCGUCUUGCAUUGCUGGUGUAAAAGAAAUAAAACCUUUGAUACAUUGCCAUUGUAUUUAUUCGGUUUUGAGAGAUUCGAUGAUUUUGUCGAAAAACAUAUGAGAUGGCUCGUGUCUACCGAUAUAUUGUGGCAACAUAACGGCCUAGUGGGAAAUAGCGAUGUUUUUAAACAGUUGAAGAUUCGAAGCAAAAAAUCGGAAGAAGAUAUGAUCGAGAUGUGCUUCUGCAAUAUAAUUUUACUAUGCUUACCUCAUAUAGUUAUCGAUAAGUAUAAGCUGGUAAAUGAAAAGCAUUUCAGUAUCAAAACAACGGAGCACGCAAAUAUAAUGUUUCAUUCGACGAGGCACAUAUUGAAAAACGAGAGGUGGAGCAAUCUCUUUGUGGAAAACUUGGGAGAGUUACUGCUUAUAAUGGUAAUGCAUAUAAGCGAUCACGCCGGAGCCGCCGAACUGUUUCAAGUGCCCUUUGUUUGCAAACCUGAUACCUAUACAUAUUCUAAACGUGUAUUUUCCGCAAUUCUCAAUUUUUUUGGGGAACUAAUAGAUGGAAACAUAAUGCAAUACUUAUGCGAGAAUCAGCCAUUAGUCAUCCUUAAUAUUCUCUUCAAACUUUGGGAUAAUGUGUUACGUGAGAAAGUUUUCGACUUUAAAGUACUGAUUUUUCAUGCGUAUCUGUCGUUUGUAGACCAUAUACCAUUAGGCUAUUCGUCCGAUGCAAUAUUGUGCAACUUUUUAUGUACAAGCGUCGCUCAUGCUAUCAAAGAUUCAGAGAGUAAGGAGGAAGUUAAAAUAUUUGUCAAAGGACUGAAAAUUAUAAUUGUUAAAAUGUUAACUCAGACACCAUUCAAAGUUGAAAACAUCCAACGGUCAACACUGUCGAAAAUUGUUUCAAUUUUGAAUAUAAAAAUCGACAAUGGAUACACAGAAUGUAAAUCUUUACUGGAAUAUAUAACGACUGACUUGAAACAGAAAUUAGCUGAAAGCGUGGAUAUUGUCGACUAUAUAAACCUGAUGUCUGAUGGGGUCGAAAUUGCUACGAGUACUUCAAAACUUAUGUUCUUGAAUGAACUCGAAACGUAUACAUUGAGUUUAUCAAAUGCAAGCCAGAGCUCAUUGUGUAAAAUGUGUCAAUUUUUAAAACGCAAUAAAGGAUUUAUUAAAGAACUAUAUACAGACUUAAACGUGAAAGGAUUCUCAGAAGAUUGUGAAACAAGUGUGUUACACAAGGUCAUUUAUGCAUUGACCAAUCUGCUGAAAUAUGAAACUGAUGAGAAGAUACUUGUAGGAGCAUGUAAUUGCUUAGCAGAAGUCGGCGCUUACGACAUGAAAACUCUCGUAACUGUACCGCCUGCGGAUACUACGAGAGUCAGGGACUUAAAUCCUAAACAUUACAUCGCAAUUUUAGUUUUGAAAUCUCUAUCUGAGCAUCUUUUUGAUGAAGAUCCAACAGUUAGCAAUAAAGUCACAAAAGCCCUUAACCAUCUCUUGAAGUUUCGCGAUGGAAGAGCAGCCUUAGAUAUGGUGACUAUCGAUACGGCAAUAUUGAAAUCCCUAGUUUCGACUGAAUGCGAAAUUCGUGCCGAAUAUAAAAUCGAUAAUAAUAAAUUUGAUAAAUACAAUGAAUUUGAAUAUUGGAUACCUUUCAAGGAUGAAACGCACACGCAAUGGAUCACUCGGAUAACCUUGGCUUUGUUGGAUACAAUUGCAUCCUCUACUAAUUACAUAAAUUCUCUAAGUGCAGUUUGUGCAGUCAAGCCUGAAAUUUGCCGAAAAGUUAUGCCAGCUAUAUUCGGCUUGAUCAUUUAUAGUUCGACGGAUAUCCAUGCGAAUAUUUUCACAGAACAAUUGAAUCAAGUUUUCAAAUACAUAUGGGACUUGACCCACGAUGCUAAUUUGGACAGUACUGUAGACGGCAAUGUUCCCAAAAAGUCGACUAAACUGGACAACGAUCACAAGAUUAUCGUUCAUUAUUUAUUAGACGUUGUAAAUUUUGUACGUAUACAGAAGAAUCAUUAUAAAAAAAGCGGGCGGGCGCGCGGCGCGGGCGCGCCGACACACCUGCGCCUGCAGUGCGCGCGCGUGGCGUGGGCGGCGGCGCAGGCGGGCCGCCACUGGGCCGCGCUGUACUACGGCGAGCUGUGCGCCGCCGACGACGCCGACGACGCCGACCGACCCGAGCUGGAUAUCGUCCGCAAAAUAUUUAGAAAAUGCUACGUUUCGAUCGGGGAAAUGGAUGCCAUAGACGGGUGCGGCACCGCGCACCUGACGAGCGACGAGGAGGCGCGCGCGCACCUGCUGCACUCGGGGCAGUUCGCGGACGCGCUGCUGCUGCACGACAUCGCGCUGUCGCGCGCGCGCGGCGCCCGCCUGGCGCACGGCGCCGUCACGGCGCUGCACCGCUCGGGCAUGCACCACCUCGCCCUGCAGUACAUCCUCUCCUAUCCCGAGAACGACGCACUCGACGACGUCAAGUACGAUUGCCUCUCUUAUCUGGGCGAUUGGAGUGACUUUGUCGAUACCGCUGAACUUGAGGAGAAAUCGAAGAAGAAUUGUGUUCAAGAUUCGAUUAUAAAAGCUAUGCGAUAUUCGUGUCUCAAAGACUGUCUCAAUGUGCAGACUACCGCUGAAGUCAGUCAUAAGCUUCAGAUACCACUAAAUAGAGCUAAAUUGGCAGUAGCGAGGCAAUGUCGGAGCCUGAACAUGAAAAACUGUCAAAAUGUUUACAAAACAGUCGCAAAUUUACACUUAUUCCGCGAUAUUGAGACUUAUUUUUCAGUAAGAUGUGACAAAAAACCAGUGUCAGAACUCAUCGAUGAGUGGAAAGUCGACUACAUUCCUAUUUUUAAUGAUUUCAAGCAUUUGGAAGCAAUUAUAUCUCAAAGAAGUUUAAUACUAGAACACAUUGCAAAAGUUGAUUCAAUAAACUUUUCGAAUAUAAACGAGCUACAGCUGCAAUAUGCUGAAUUGGGGCUAUCGAAUCAUAGAAUACAGAUGGCACAGCGUCUCGUAGCAACGGUAAAGAAUCUUGAGGCGUCAAAGAGGGUCGUACUUUUAGAUAGUCAGAUAUCUUGGGCUAAAGGUCACACCGAUAUAGCCCUUUCGUUGCUUCACAGUAUUGUGGCAAAAGAACCCGAUGACCUGAAACUUUCUGCAAUGUCUUUAAGGCAGUAUGGUCUUUGGAUGGCAGAGUCUAAACGUGACACAGGACGCGACAUUAUACACAAAUACUUGGAAGAGAGUCUUAAGACUUUAAGUGGCAACGAUGACGUUGAUACGCGCUUAAAAGUCUAUUAUGAUAUUGCGAAAUUUGCAGACGCUGAAUAUAAACAGGUCGUUUCAUACAUGAAUUCGUCGGUAUACGAAAAUAAAAUAAAAUGUAUAGAGAGUAUGAAAGGAAACGCCGCAUCGUUGAAGUUCUCCCAGCAAUCACAUGCUAGAAAUAAUGAAAACAUUGAAGAAAAAGCGGUUAUUCGAGCCAAAUACCGCGUUAAUAACGUUUUUGGAGAACUGGACGAAGCGGAAAUUGCUAAUACAAAAGCUGAAAAAGAAAGCUUUUUACAAUUAGCAAUGAGAUAUUAUCUUCUGUCUUUAAAACAAUGCGACGACAACAAUCUGUCCGUAUUUCGAGUCAUUUCUCUCUGGCUAGACAACCCCAGCGUCAAUUUCGACGACGAGGAACACGGCAGCUUCGGAAGACUUCUUCAUGCGAUACCAUCCUGGAAGUUCAUCAGUGUCCUACCGCAGCUGGCCCCGCGGAUAUCCAACGAUAAUACCGUCUUCGCCGAGCAUUUGCGACAAAUUAUGAAGAGGUGCGCAACCGACCAUCCCCACCACACGCUCCCGCUGCUGUUCAGCUUGAAGAACUCGGACAAGGACCUGUGCGGCGGCGAGGCGGGCGAGGCCAGCGGGGCGGGCGAGGCGCGCGAGGCGGGCGAGGCGCGCGUGCGAGCGGCGGGCGCGCUGGUGCGGCAGCUGGCGGGGCUGCGGCCGCUGGCGCACGUCGUGGCGCAGAUGGAAGACCUCUGCGACGCUAUAAUAAGUUUUGCUUACUGCGUGCCGGUUUCUAAGGAUCUCAAACCGCAAGCUGUACCGAAAGUUGAAGCUAUCGCGAAACUUCGUGAUCUGAAUGCAAUUCCUAUACCCACUGAUACCAUUCCUGUUCGAAAAGACUGCGACUAUAAGUGUUUGAACUCAAUAAUAUCGUUUGGGAAUGUUUACGAAUUAGUAGGAGGUAUUAAUAGUCCUAAAAAGAUCUCUUGCUUAAGUUCCGACGGUAAAAAGAGAAUUCUUCUAAUAAAGGGCAAGGACGACUUACGACAAGAUGCAGUUAUGCAGCAAGUAUUUAACAUCGUUAAUACGUUACUGGAAAAAAGUCCAGACACUAAACGAAACAAACUUUUAAUACGCACAUAUAAGGUAGUUCCCAUGUCGAAACGAUCAGGAGUGUUGCAGUGGUGUGAGGGGACAAUGCCUAUGGGAGCGUAUCUGGUCAACGCACACACAAAAUACCGACCUCAAGAUAUAACACCAUCGGCUGCUCGCACGAAACUUAAGGAUUGUCAAGAACAAAGAAAAUCCAAUAAACAUAAGUUGCAAGUUUUUAAAGAUAUACUUAAAGUGUUCAAACCAGUUUAUCAUAAUUUCUUUACCGAACACUAUCUCGAUCCUGUUACUUGGUACGAACGCCGACUUGCAUACACCAGAAGUGUGGCUACAUCCUCCAUGGUUGGAUAUAUUAUGGGGCUGGGUGAUAGACAUGUUCAAAAUAUUUUAAUUGACACUACAACGGCAGAACUAAUACAUAUUGAUUUUGGCAUAGCAUUCGAUCAAGGCAAAACAUUGCCAACACCAGAAACUGUGCCAUUCCGUUUGACACAAGACAUAGUUGCCGGUUUUGGAUCAAGCGGUGUUGAGGGGAUAUUUAGGAGGUGUUGUGAAAAGACUCUACAUUUACUUCGAGAUAAUCAGGAAACUCUACUGACUAUAUUGGAGGUUUUGCUGUGCGAUCCUCUGUAUCUAUGGAUUAUUCCUUCAAGUCCAACGAACGACGCAAAAUCGAGCCCACCGUGCGGCGCCGGGCUGGCGGCGCGCGCGCUGCUGGCCGUGAGCUGCAAGCUGUGCGGCGCGGAGGGCGGCGCGGCGGGCGGCGUGUCGGUGGCGGGCCACGUGGCGCGCCUGCUGCGCAGCGCCGCCGACCCCGCCAACCUGUGCCAGCUGUUUCAUGGUUGGCAGCCCUAUCUGUAACCGCUGAACCGCUGCUGUCUAUCUCUUUGUCUUCAUGAAA